UGUGUCUGGUACUGACCCCUGCUGAUCCCUUGUUUACAAGACCAGGAAGACAUUGGGGUGUUUUAAACUAGACCUCAUUGUGGAGAGGAAUGGUUAUAUCGAGGCUCUUUUAUGUCUUCAAACCGAAAAGAAAAAUUAUUUAUAAACCAUUUCAGAAACCGAUAUAACACUGAAACUCCUUAGUCUUAAACCGGAAGCAUUGCUAAACCUGAAAACCAGUCAUAAUGGGGAUCACUAAGCUGGCUGAUUUGAUCCGAUUAGAUGCUCCUGAUGCCAUUUCUCAUAAGGAUAUCAGCGCCUACACAGGAAAAGUUAUUGCACUGGAUACCUCUGUUGUUGUGAACCAGUUCAGAGCAGCAACACCAUCUCUGAGCCCCCUGACUGGUCUCUUCUUCCGCACCCUCACCUUCCUGGAACAUGACAUAAAGCCUGUCUUUGUAUUUGACGGAAAGCCUCCUGUGGAAAAGAGAGCUAUUCUUGAGAAACGAGCUGAAACAGCCGGCCGGAACUUCCCCAACUUCACAGGCACAGCAUCCUCCCAGAUCAAGGAUUGUCAUAAACUCCUGAAGCAUCUAGGUGUACCUGUCAUCCAGGCUCCAGGGGACGCCGAGGCACUCUGUGCCCGGCUGGUGAAAGACGGGACUGUUGACGCUGUGGCAUCAGAGGACAUGGACACGUUGCCCUUUGGAGCUAAUAUUCUCAUUCGCCAGCUGAAUGCCAAGAAGGACAGUGAUGUGGUUGAAUAUUCCUUACCCAAGCUCUUAGAGAAACUUCAGAUUAGUCAUGAGGAGUUUGUUGACCUCUGUAUUUUGCUGGGUUGUGACUACUGUGACAAAAUACAUGGUUUGGGUCCUAGGAGAGCUCUGACUCUGAUCCGGACGCAUCGAACCAUUGAGGAAGUGGUUUUGCACAUUAACAGACAGACCCACCCCGUUCCAAAUUCUUGGAAAUACAAAGAAGCAAGGAAGGUAUUUUUGGAUGCACCUCCGACCUGGGUUCCUGAACUCGUCUGGGCUGAGCCAGAUGAAGAAGCCCUGGUGGGAUUCCUCUGUCACAGCAACCAAAAAAAAGUGGAAAGGGUCCGCCGUCGAAUGGAAAGGUUUCGUGAGAAGCGAGAAAAUAUUCGGAACAAAAGGGAAAAAGAGAAAGAAGCUGGACCCAACAAGCAGACUCACAUAGAGGACUUCUUCAGAGUUACUAGGAAGAGAAAUCAUCCUGUGGAAGUUACAUCUUCAACUAGUGGAAAUAAAAAGAUUAAACAAUAAUGUUGUUGACAUUCCUGAACAUUAGCAGAGGAAAAAACAGAUUUUGCCAAAAUCAUUGCUUUGUGUUUUUUUUCUUUUUUUACUAAAUUGCAUUUUAAGUGUAAACUGUUCCAGGACCAGCUGUUUGUUGGGUAGUUUCAUGGUUUCACUUUUACAAAGACCUCAUUUAUGACAUCAUUUACAAGUAACCAAAUCAAGCAACCAUGCAAAACAUGGACUUCCACCUCUUUGUCUCUGCAUCACAGCAUUUUCCUAAUGACAAUACAAUAAUCUGCUGUUGUUUGAGGAGCAGAGUUCACAACAAUGCAGUUCACUGAGCUGCUCCUCGGUGCAUCAAGCAGUUUCCUGCAUACCCACCAAGAUGAGCAGAGCAGGAGGUGGACAGCUCUGAAAGAAAACAGUGUUAUCACUGUUGGGAUGGCCUCUCAUCAAGCCAAAACUGGAGACAGGCUAUGUGUCUUCCCUGGAUAUUCAAUGAGCACCUGUUGUGUAAAGGGAGCCAAAACAGAGACUAAAGACUUGAAUUUUAAAACAUGGACUAAAGUGAUCCAUUGAAAGUGUGUGGAAAAAAUAAUUGUGAAUGUCUAAAUUCAUUAUUUUUACAUUUUUGUAAUGCAUACUUUUAUUGUUUUUUUUUUUUUUUGUUUGUUUUUUUUUAAUUAAAAUCAUUAAUGAGUAUUUUUGGUUUU